CGCGGGGGAACUUGUUAAAUGGCGUUGUGUUGUCGGCCGAGUCACUUCGUGCUCUCCAAUCCGUCUUCAAUGACACAAUGAGCAAAGGCAUAAGGAACUUGGUGUCGAAACGAAAGAGAAGAUUCAAAGAAGAUGGGUACGACUUGGAUCUUAGCUAUAUCACUGAUCGACUUAUUGCAAUGGGCUUCCCUGCUCAGAAGUUGGAGGGUGUGUACAGAAACCAUAUUGACGAUGUUUCCCGCUUCCUAGAAGAGAGGCACAAGGACCACUAUAGAAUAUAUAAUUUGUGCUCAGAAAGAAAUAGAUCGUAUGAUGUCACAAGAUUUCACAAUCGGGUCAGAAAUUUCCCUUUUGCUGACCAUAACCCACCGCCUCUGAUUGACAUUGAGCCGUUAUGUAAAGACAUGGCGGACUGGUUGGCUGCAGACUCAAGGAAUGUGGCUGUUGUACAUUGUAAGGCAGGAAAGGGUCGAACAGGUGUCAUGAUUUGCUGCUAUCUCCUUCACUGCCGUUCCAAGAGCUUAGCACAAGAAGCACUUGAUUUUUAUGGAGAUAAGAGAACUUUUGAUAGAAAGGGUGUAACUAUACCUAGCCAAAGAAGAUAUGUGGACUACUAUGCCAAACUAGUCAACUCAAACUUUAAUUAUAAUCCACCUUACGUACGCCUUAGGGAAGCUGUAAUGAAUGCACCGCUAUCCAGUGUAAAUUCGGAGGUGUUCCUUGUUGUGAGCUCUCACAGUAACAAAAAGGGCUAUAACUCUCAGCCUGCAGAAGUGAAGAAAGGAAAGGAAAUGAUUCAACUUGUAGUAAAAGACGAAGUGGCCCGACCCAUCCAAGGAGACAUCAAGAUUGAGCUCAAGAGAACAAACUUUGUCAGAAGAACGGACAAGCUGUUCAGUGCUUGGCUAAAUACGCACUUUAUAUUUGAAGAAGGAAAGAAAGUAACCAAUGGGUGUCAGAUAACAGCAUCAGACCAAAAUAAUCACAACAACACUUGCAACACACAAAAUAGACACAGGUAAGGAAGUUUAUAUGUU